CACCCAGACAAUCAAUAUUGUGCUAAAAAAUCGCGAAUUCUCUUCUUCUUUCUUCAACUUGACUGCGUCACUCUUUUCGUCACAAAUUCUUUUCCCCUCCCAAUAUUCGCUAUGAUUGCCUGUAAACUCUUCAUCACUUUGGGAGUCUCCUUGUCCGUCAAUGCUUUCAAUCUCUAUGAGCCUGGGACUGACAAGGAUGUGACAAAAGCCUGCGAUAAGGCCAUGUCAGCGGAUAUCGAUUGCGACAGAGAGGUCAUUAGCUUUCUCAACGGAGGCUGGUACGGCUCUCUUGAGAGUGAAGAAUUGACCGAUGCGGUUUGCACCAAAGCCUGCUCUCAGUCACUCCAGGACUGGAUCGCCAAUGUCUCCAAGGAUUGUGAGGAUGAAGCUAAAGCCCAAGCUGUUGGUCGUAUCUGGACAGGCUGGAAUGCGACUUGUCUGAAAGACACUAAGACAGGACGAUACUGCAAUGACAUCAUUGCAGAUUUCACUGAUGUCGGGGAUGACGAAGAACUCCGGCAUGAUGAGCUUUGCCAUCCUUGUUAUGUAAAGCGGCUCGAGAUGUACAAACCUACCCCGUACGCCCUCAACAUCAAAUGGCACGAAGAGCAGCUUGAGCUCGUGCACAAGAAGUGCGGUAGCUCAACAUCCACCGAGACUGCCGUGCCCACUUCAAGCAAGAGUGAAACAUCAGAGGCUGCGACUACAGCAGAGGCCUCGAGGGCUUCUCAAACGACCAACAGCGAGGAAGAGUCUCUAUCGUCCACUGUGACCCCAGUACAGACCAUGUCAUCUGAGGCUACUACAUCAUCUACACCCAAUGCAGCUGCUAAGGCUGGACAGGGAGAGCUGUUCGGAUCUCGGGUUCUGAUGGCUCUUUUGUCGAUGAACCUCUUCUUCAUGUAGGGGGAUGCUUGAUGUCUAUUGGGUUCAUUGGAACGAUGCUGUCAGAGACAAAUACAUGAUCAUCCGUAGCCAUUUUUUCCCAACUUAAAUAUCUAUCCUUACCAACACUUCAAGUGUAACCUUUACUCAGCGUUUUGUCUCAAAUCGGGGAAUCUUUUUGACCAUUUACAGGGAAGGGAAGUGGUGGCCAAAAUAAUUACCUAGAGUACCCUCGUAUAAACAAUUUUUGAGCGAUCAACCUUUUACUCCAAGUGAAAUGUAAUGUCAAGCGGCAA